AUGGGGGAGAAGUCCGAGCGGCACAAACUGGCGAGCUUGAAGGCCCAGCCUGGAUCUCACCACCACUUCUCGAACGCUGAGACGUACCAGCUGGCGACGUUCAUCAACGCGCGUUUCGAGGACGAGCCGCUGCUGUCGACCAUCCUGCCGGUGGACGGCGCCAAGCCCGACGAGUUCUUCGGCGCCUGGGGGGACGGGCGGCUGCUGAUAUGCCUCGUUGACGCGGCCUGCGAGGGAGUGGUGGACCUCGACUUCAUGCGGCGAAAGGCGUCCAAGCCCCAGGGCGUGAGCGUGCGGCACCCGACAAUCCAGCACUUCGCGGUGCUGAACGAUGCGUUGCAAGGGUGCAAGAACAUCGACGGCUUGCGGCUCGGGUUCGUGGGCGCGGAAGACUUCGUUCAGGGUAACCGACCUGUCAUUUUGGGCGUCGGGUGGCAGCUGGUACGGCUGGCCAUCUUGCAAACCGCCAACAUCGACGAUCGGCCAGAGUUGUCAGAGCUCUUCACGCCAGAGGAGGCGGCGAAGAACAUCGGACAGGCGGGACAGGAAGAGCUCGUCCUUUCGCGUUGGUUCAAUCAGUUCCUUGGCGCCGUGGGAAGCGAGCGACAGGUGUGGAGCUUCGGCGCGGAGCUGGCGGACGGGGUGGCGUGGUGCACCCUCCUCAACGCGAUCGACCCAGCCGCGUGCCCCCCGCCCGACGAGCACGACGCGGAGACGAACGCAGCGAGCGCCAUCGAGGCCGUGCACAAGAUGGAGGUCAAGGGGGUCUUCAUGACGAAGGAGGCGCUGUUGGAGUCGGACAAGAAGCAGAACGUAAUGUUCUGCGCCCAGCUCAUGAACGUCUUCCCGACCAUCCCGACCUACCUCCGCCCCCCGCCCACCUUCAAGAGCGGCGCCAGCGGCAGCUCCAAGCGCGGCAGCGGCAGGGCCCCGUUCUCCUCCACCUACGACUCGCGCGGCGGCUCCGGCGCCUCCACGGCCGACUCGAGCAUGUACACGAGCAGCCCGGCCGCCGCAGAUGCCGGCGGCGGCGGCGGCCGAGGGGCCCCGCGGUAUGUGGGGUCGUCGUCCGCCCCCCCGCCGGCCCCCUCCCCCCCGAGGUCGCGCUGGAGCUUCGGGUUCGCCGACAACACGGGAGGGAGGUUGUACAACUACAACAGCGACGACGAGGGAGAGUCGGGCCCCGGCUGCGGGCUCGGUUUCAGCAUCUUCAGCUGCAUCUCCCGGAAUUAAUUACAGUUUUUCUUUGGUUGGUUGGUUGGUUGGUUGGUUGGUUGGUUUGUUUUACUUACGGAAGGAAGGAAGGAAAGGAAGGAAAGGAAAAGUAGUUAUUUUUCCGUAGAUAAAUCGCACGCGGGUGGUAUUGCAUAGGUGUAGGUGUGGGUGGUGUGUGGUGCUUCGAGUUUGUUUUACGAUUGAUUGGGAAUGGAUGGGAUCUUCUUCCUAGGGCAGCUAUCGCUCGUUGCACGCGCUCUGGUGCUGGUUUCGUGGUCCCCCCUCCCCCCCCCCCCCCCGAUUGGUUUGGUUUUUGUGUUUCGUUGAUUUUACCCAAGAGUGGCACGGUAUUGUUCUUUUCGCAGCCCCCCUGGCCGAUUUUGAUGCCGAGGGUCAGUUUUUUGUCCUUUUCCAUGGUUGAUAUUUUUAUGCCCCCCGAAUGAUUGAGCAAGUCUUGGUGCUGCUUUUUUUGCUGCGGCAAGAAAUGCCGUAAAUGUUGACUGCUCAGAUAAAGCGACCCUUGUAGUAUCGAUUUUCGGACGCGGAGACACGCAUGGCUAGAGUCGUUCCCCGUAGCAUAUUUGUGCAGUGUUUGAAUAUAGUUCGGAUCUUCUGCAUGUAUCUCGGGAUCGCGCGGGCGGGCGGGCGGGCGGGCGGGCGGGCGGGCGGGGGGAGGGCGGGGUCCUUCACCUACUGUUUUCUAUUUUCAUCUUGUGAAGCGCUGUGUGUGCGAACGAGCAGAGGUUCGGGUUGUGCCUAGAGGCGUGUUUUUGCCCCAUCUCCUUGUCCCUCUUACCAUCUAUCUGGUUUUGUUUUCGGUGGCUUCUUUACUUUGUUUUUUUUCGGUGAGGGACAUACGCUUUGUUUUAUGUAUCUUUUGUCGUCGUCGAGAACGACAGCGAUAGCGUCAUAAAAAAGCCGCCAGAGGCCUUGACGCCAUGCCUCCAAGGCUGUAUCGAAGGGCAGAGCGGGUACCGCUGCCGUUCGUGUCCUCCCGGCGGUCGAUAGCGGCGAAACCGAUGGCACACAUUCGUUCUCCGCCUCUUUUCUUGGUUGCACCAGCGGGCUUUAUUUACCAUGUGGCCUUCUUCUCGCAACAUUUUCCACUCACUCUCUUUCGUCAUGUAUUUCGUGCCUGCCGGCGUGUUGUGUGUGGUGGCCGGCGUAUGCGCUGCUGUAGCGCCCGUCGUUUCUCGAGCGAGCGAGCGGGGGCGGGACUGCUGGUGUCUUGGCGAAUGUGUGUAGUUUAUACGCCCCGAGUUAUGCAGUUUUUUCUGCGUGGGGGUUGUGUCGUCGCGUUUGUUUUUUUUUGUGUUUCUUGGUCGUUUUUAUUGUUCAACCGCGGCGUGGCUGUUGUCGGUGGCAUUUCGUCUCGGGGGAGAAGAAACUCGGUGUGAAAACCUCGCAUGUAGUAGGCGCUGAGCCUUCCUGGCAACGACUGCCUCCACGUCCGGCAGUUGAAAUAGCUGCGGGAACGCGAAAGGGGGUGAAGGUUGCAACUUGUAAAUCGAUCUUUUGUUGUUUAGAAUUUCUUUUUUUUGUUUCGGUAUAAUCUGCUCAGGAGGAAUAUGGAUGCGCUUUCCCCCUCCAAAAUUGGCACCUAUUUUUUUAGGUAGCAAAUAAUAUGGCGGGCGACCGGAGUGCGGCAGUGUUUGGGUGAAAGGGUAGGAUGUAGAUUGUGGCGUGCCGGCACACCCAACCAGUGGAAAUGAAGUUGCGAUGUUUUUCGUCACUUGCGUGGGCCAAAUAAUGUACCGUUGUUGCGCUGGUUGCCGCUGCUGCUGCCGCCUGUAGAAGGGUACGUUGCGGUAUUUUCCGCCACUUGUGUGGUCCCUAGCAGUAGGUACUGGUCCAGCUCAUUGAUUGAUGCUGUACGUUGCCGUUUGUUGAAGGAUUCACGCGGCGUUGAUGCUCGGGUGUCGGGGUUGAUCUUUCUGUGUUAACGAACGCGUCUCUCGCCGCGUAUGGAUGGGUGCAGGUACAGUUAUUAAGUAGUUCAUCGGGCGUGCUAAAUUCAUACCAUUCGCGUUACCGUGGUGAGGGUAGAGAGUGAGAGCGGCCGUUAAACCUUUUGUAGAAAAAUGGUCCAUAAGGGCAUGUCGAUGUACGUACGUUAUCUGUUGCCACCGCAGGAAGUUGUG